GUAACCAGUGUUUGUCAGAUAUAUUCGGAGCUGAGUAAGCGGUUUCGUAGGAAAUGGCGUGAACGAUGUGCUGCACUAUUGAAAAGAUUUCACGCCUAUAGGUCGACUUACGCAAGCGGAAAAAUCCUCGCGUGGAAAAUUCUCAGGCCAUAUGUAGGUUUCUAUUCCACAAAUGUGUACGUUGCGUUUCUAACAUCUAAAAGCUAUGUAUCAAAGUACGCCAAUAUAUGACAUGGCUUUCUCUGGAGACGCGACGUCUGUCAGCAGCACGCUGGAUAUAGCGACAACCAUGGUUUCUGGUAAUAUGAGCACUUUUGAUAUACAAGAAUCAACAACAAAAGAAAGUAGAAAUUUCAAUGAAACAUAUUAUACGUCUUACGAAUGUAAAACUUUCAUGCUCACUGAAGGAGGAAAUGUUACCCAUACGACACAAGUGCAUGAACCAAUCAUUCGAUUGAUUAUUGCCUCGGCGAGUUUCUUGGAAAACGCGAUAGUUGUGAUAGCAUUACUGUACAGUUGGAAAAGUUUGAGACAAAAUAUCUAUAUUUUUGCUUUGAGCAUUGCUUUUUCGGAUUGUCUAUUGGGAUUUAUUCACAUAAUAAACUCGAUAGUGAUAGGAUUAUCAACCAGCGAUGAAGAGAGCUUGCAAAACGAAGCGGUUGACAGAAUGGGGUUAUCGUCGUGGUUUUACUUGAUACGUGCCACAACUCUGCUGACCGCACAAGUAGCAUCAACAGGAAACGCUGCAUGUCUCGUUAUUGCAUUCAAGAAAUAUGUUGAUGCGUUGGCGCCCAGUGGAUCUACACCGAAAAGUCCCUUGGGGAAGUCGAAAGAAAGCGGCAAAGCACCCUCUGGUAUACUUUCCAGAAAAGUGAGUUACCGAAUGACAAUCUUCGUUUGGACAGUCUCGUUGAUUCUUGGAAUUAUACCACUAUUCUGGAAUUGUGGCGAAGCCUGUGCAUGUUUUGUCGAAGCCGGUCGCAUUCAGAGUGUAAAUGCCAGUCGGUGUUUCGAAAAUCAUGGAUGCAGCUAUAUGUUUCCACCACUGAAAUCGGUAUCCUACAUAUUAUGUUUAUUCCUCUUUUUUGUGACACUAAUAAUUCUGGUUGUGACAUCCGUUCAAGUGACGCAAGCAGCUGGAGGAUUUAUCGCCUUUCUACCUUUUCGACUACACCAAUAUUACGCCCGAAGACGUCGCGCAAGUUCCGAAGAAUCGACAAAUUUGCCCAGAAGGUUACGAGGGCACUCCGUGCAGAUGAACUACAUGAGAGACAUGAUGCAUUUUAUGAUUACAAUAACUUUUACAUUUGUCAUAUGCAAAGUUCCUUCGGCAAUACUCCUCUUUAUUGAAUCAGUAACAAACUUCCGACUCAACUUAUCAAAUGAAGCUGCUGCAGCUAUUGUUAUUCUGAGUUUUUCUCAUUCAAUAAUAAAUCCAAUUAUUUUCACACUGACUCUCCAUGGAAUGAAAGAGGCACUCAAAAAGCCAUUUGUCCGAUGUUGCACACAAACAGUCUCUGUCUCGAUAGGAAAACAAACGUACAGCAGUGAAGACACUCACAGUCACCAGCAGAAGUCAUCCGCUGUUUAAUUAACCACCGAUGAUUAUUUCGUUGAGGCUUUCUAUCACUAGACAAUAUAUUUAUGACAAACUAUAUGCAACUGGCUAGCAGCGGUAGAGACUGAACUCACUUUGUGUCAUUAACUGUCAAAUAGCAAAUUACAACUCGUGUCGUAACAAGUCGUGUAUCUAAGUUGCCAUCGUGCCAACUUCUUUUUGGCAAAUAACUUUAAUUUAUGAUGCUAAAUUUAGAAAUAAUAUUUACAAGCCGCAGUAUACGGAAAUAUUCACAUAUAAAACAUAGCGCAUUUAUAUAUUUUUCUGAUGUCUGAAAACGAGAACCAGAUUUUAGAGCAUGAGAUUGUGGCUGAACGACGAUGUUAAAAGUAACAUCAAUACAAAUCGCCGUAACACUCGAAGCCGACAUUCACGUUCAAUACAAAGAGCUGCAAUCAACGAAAAACACUAUGAUUUUAUUUUAAUAUAAUGUACCAUAUAUACUUGUGAUUGCUUUAUAAAACACUAGCAUAAUUAAAAACAAUAUUGCAAUGGGAAACAUGCACCUGAGUGUAUAUUGUAAAAUAGUUGAAAUUGCUUUCGAUCAAAAAUAGUUGAAACAUUAUUUGCAACGUC